AUGGGCCCCACAAACCACCAGAAUGCAGGGCACAACAUGGGUUUAGCUAUGUUAGCCAUCAGGUCGUCAGAGGAGGAGUCCACCGAGAUGGAGGAUAUGGACACCUCCGAGCCCAACUGGUGCUGGUUCUACUUGGCUGAGUGUGGCGUUUGGCACAUGUUUGAGAUCGAUCCCAGUGCAGCCUGCUCGGUGACCAGUGCUCAAAUUGAGCAGUGCUACAGCAGAAACCAGCGAGGCGUCAUGGAAUUCUACACAGCCAAGUACACCUACAGACUGGACUUCUCAGUGAUGCGACAGAUAAAUGUAACGACAGGGAAGCAGCGGCCAAUCAAACGCUCCCUCCACUCAGCAACUGGUUUCCGGUUUAUAUGUGAUAAUCUUGCCUUGCCUGUUCCGUGUCAUUGGGAGAGAAUAAACACGGAUGAGCCCUAUCAACUCAUCCAGCUCGGAAGAGACACCUAUGAGUUUAAAGAAGUUGCCAGACUUUAUGAAAGGACUAUGGAUCAUCCAAAAUCCAUCCAGAGGGUUCAGAACCUCGACUUGUGGGAAUUCUUCUGCAGAAAACCACAGUUGCGAAAAGUCAAGCGUACACUGGAUAUUGAGGAGCGAAUGCUGUUUCACGGCACAGGACACAGCAACAUACAAGCUAUAUGUACAUUUAACUUUGACUGGCGUCUGACAGGGAGCCAUGGCGAUGUCUAUGGGAAAGGAAGCUACUUUGCCCGGGAUGCCAAAUAUUCCAGUAAAUUCUGUCACACCACAGGGAAGCACAACACCACCCUGCAGAGGCAUGGACUCGCCCCACCGAUAUUUGCGAAUGAGCCAUCCUACAAGACCAUGUUCCUGUCCAGAGUGCUUGUUGGCGAAUACACAGUCGGUCAUCCUAUGUACUGCAGACCGCCCUCCAAGGACGCCAGCUUCACCAACUUUUAUGACAGUUGUGUGGAUGAUAUGGCGAAUCCAAAGAUUUAUGUCAUUUUUGACAGCAAUCAGAUUUACCCAGAGUAUCUGGUUGAGUUCUACUGAAGCCUCACAAGAAGACGUUUUCUUUUUUUCCAUAGAGGCUGGAACUCAAACAUGGAAAUAUUUCGGAUACAGAAUCAGAUGGCAGGAUUCAAAUCGCAAAAAGAGGCAGCUUAAGAGACAUUUGCCUUUCCUUUCAGUCAGAUCCAGUGCCUAACUGGAGCAUGGGUCAUCUAAGUGCCUUUGGGGAAAUUGGAAAAAGAAGACAAUAAAGACUUGUGUACAGCUUGUGAACUGUUCAGUAUAUUCUAAGACAGGCCCUUGUGAUUGGAAUGUUCCCCCACGACAGAAAAAGGAUGAAAAUGCUGACUGAAGAUCAGUCUUUGUGGCAAUUUUGUAUUGAAUGCACAAAUCUGUACUUGCUUGUUCAAUAUCUGUGCACAGUUGUUUAAAAUAAGAGUGGAACUUGCAGCCUGUAGGUUAUAGGUGAUGUCCCGCCAUCGGCCACAGCCCCUCCUCCACAUCCACAGUGCCGCGCAUGAGCUUAUUUACAAGUCAUGUAGACAUAAUUCCAAAUGACAAAACCAAAAACUGCAACACGUUCCUGCUCACUCAUUCAGCACAGUGACCUGUUAGUGGCAUCAACAUCUGUGUGUACUUGUUACAACGUAUUAUAUCGGCAUUGAUUUUCUUUUUUUAUAUAUAUAUGUAUUUUUUAAACGCUUCUACCUCUACAUUUUUUUUAAACCAUGUAUCAGUGCACUUUUCCCCCUUUCCAUGAAAGGUUUUCUAUUCGUGUCACAGUGACAUAAAGGUGUGAUGUCUUGUUCACUUGUGGUCCUUUAGCAAUAUGUUUCUGUGUAACCUUUUUGACCAUUGACUUUCAAUCUUUAAAGACUCGACAAUGGCCGAGGUUGGAUUUUGUAUGCGUUCGCAACCAAGUUAGUUCAUUCCAAACCACAACAAGAUCACAUCCGAGUGUGAUGCCACCAUCUGCUAACAUGUUUCUUUAAGCAGGGUUUCUAAAAAAGAAGAAGAAUGUAGCCAGCACAUUUAUAGUACUGUAAUGAUGAUUAUCCACAAAAUGUAAUAUUGCUUUGCCGUGUGCGUUUGUUGAAUCCAUUGAAUGAACGUGUGUGUUUUUGAGAAAGAAGAAUAACAAAAUGACUCAGUGUGUCAUAUUGGCCACACGGUGGCGUAACCGUGCAAGAAUGGAUCUGAAGCAACUCUUUGCAUUUCCUCAUAAAUACAGGCAGGUGAGGGAAACAAACAGAUGUCUCCAGUCAUAACAUUAGAGAUGUGUGUGAGUGUAGUGUGUAUGAAGCUACAUGUGUGGUGUGUCUGUAAUUUGCACAUGUUACUACAAAUAAACUUUUCAACGGAA